AUGAGUACGCCCGCAAACCUAUACCCAGGGCUCAACGAGCUUGCUGAUGUGAUAGAAAAGUUCCCAAUGGAGGUGGCGCGUAACUUGACCUUACUAAGAGAAAUCGACGCAAAAUGCGUACACGCGGUCCCGGAGUUGGAACGUGAGAUUGAGGCGUUGCUAACGGACUCAGAAGACAAAGGCCGGAUACAACGGGUGGAUCAGCAAUUCCAGGAUUUGAUGCCAUCGCUCGAAGAGAAAAUGCAUGUUUCCGCGCUGGCCUGUGAGGCAUUGGAGAAGUCGAUCGCUCGGGCAGAAUUGGCGUACGAAGUUGCUCUGAAGAACCAAGAAAUACCAGAAAAGCUGCGGCUGGGGAACGGGAACCACCCUGCCAUGCACCUACACUACGAGCUUAUGAAAAAGAUAGAAUCGAAACAACAAAGCAAGUCGCAGCAAGCCCUACGUAGUGAGUCGCGAAGGGAAGCGAUGGCGGCUCGCCGUCAGCAGCAUGCUGACGGCAUAACGCCAGCUAUCGGAAGCCCUCUGGCGGUCAGCGCAACCUCCAGCCUAGCUGCUGCCUAUGCAAAUGCGGGUAGCGGCAACGGUGCUAGUCUUGGCUCUACCAUUGAUGGUAGCGUGCGCCGUCGGCAAGCGGAACUGGGCGGACCACCCAGUUCAGCCAGUGCUUCAGCUGCUGCUGCUGCAUCUGCUCGGCGACGCAAGCGCCAAACGCGCGAAGACUACUCCCAACGCCCCAAGACUAACGAAUAUGGAGAAGCACUUUAUUGCUAUUGUAACCAAAUCGCAUACGGCGAAAUGGUUGGCUGUGAUGGAGAAAACUGUCAGCUAGAGUGGUUCCACCUGCCUUGCAUUAACCUAGAGACUCUACCUAAGGGAAAAUGGUACUGUGAUGAUUGCAAGAGGUAG